AAUAAUAACACUACAGAUUAUGCUUUGAAAUUCACUCAGUAUUCUAAUCAGAAUAAGAAAUGUUUACAAAAUGUAGUAAAGUGCUGUCUGCAAAUUUUACUUUUUCAGUUUCCACUGAAAGAAUGUGUUGUUAUAGAAAAUUGGGUGAGGCCACUACUUUCAAAACUUGGAAACAAGGGUGGUGUUAUACACAUUCGAUGUAAUCAAGUAGUGGAAAUGUUAGAAGGAGGGUUCAUUGCUCCAUACAAUUUCAAAAGGGAAGCUCGUUCCUGUCUUUUUGCCCUCAACUAUGUCAAUGCUGAUGAUUGUGUAUCUCAGAUGAGUCAGCUAAGAAGAGCAGCAACAUUACCUGCUGCCGAACAAGCUUCUAUGAUUGCAGCAAUUGUCCUGUCAAGACAAUCUCGAGUUAGUUUUGAUACCAGCUGGCUUGAAGACUUGUAUGAAAAAAUUGUGAUGGAAACUACAGGGAAUAAAAUAACUCCUUUAGUAGUGAACCCAGGCAGGAUUCUUCUCACAUGUUCAAGGCUUUAUUUUCAACCAUAUAAUAAUGCAGAACCGUGGCCUGUGUUGAAAAUUAAACUUUCUUCCAUCACAAGAGUAGUCAAAAGAAGAUUCCUUUUGAGACAUGUGGGUCUGGAGCUGUAUUGUCCUGAUGAAUAUUCAUUAAAGCAUCUUUUUCUCACCUUUAAAAACAAGGAAGAUCGUGAUACACUAUAUACAGAAAUUCUAAAGCAGUCAGCAUUAAGUCUAGAAGAUACUGGACAAGAAAACAUGACGCUGCUUUGGCAGAAUGGUGUCAUAUCUAAUUAUGAUUAUCUCUUGUAUCUCAAUAGUUUAGCAGACCGAAGUUUUAAUGACUUGACUCAGUAUCCAGUCUUCCCAUGGGUGAUAGCUGACUAUACCAGCACACAGCUAGAUCUGACAAAUCCAAGUGUGUACAGAGAUCUCUCCAAAUCUGUUGGUGCCUUGAAUGAAGAACGACUUCAAAAAUUAAAGCAAAGGUAUGACGAAAUGUCUGAGCCCAAGUUCUUGUAUGGAUCUCACUAUUCUACUCCCGGCUUUGUAUUAUAUUACCUUGUUAGAAAAAUGCCUCAGUAUAUGCUCUGUCUUCAAAAUGGGCGGUUUGAUAACCCUGACAGAAUGUUCAACAGUAUAUCAGACACGUGGAGAAAUAUUACCACCAACUCUUCGGAUUUCAAAGAACUUGUUCCACAAUUCUAUGAUACAGAAACUAAAGGGGAUUUUCUCUGUAACAUACAGCAUCUUGACUUUGGUGUUCGGCAAGAUGGAACAAAAGUUGGUGAUGUUGAGUUACCACCAUGGGCAGAAGAUCAUUGUGGAUUUGUUCAAACACUGCGUGAAGCACUUGAAUCUGAUUUUGUGUCUCAACACAUUCACGAGUGGAUUGACUUGGUGUUUGGAUACAAGCAGCAGGGAGAAGAAGCAAUUAAAGCCAACAAUGUUUUCUACUAUUUAACAUAUGAAGGAUCAGUUGAUUUAGAUAGCAUCAAAGACCUCAAUGAAAAAUAUUGUCUGGAAGUUCAAAUAAUGGAGUUUGGGCAAAUUCCCAAACAGAUCUUUGUCCAACCUCACCCAAGCCGUCACAGUCUAUCCGUUUCUAUGCCUUUGAUAGAAAAAAGCUGUUGGAAUACCAAUAAAGCUGCUUCUGGAGAACUUUCAUCAGACAAAAGGGAUUCUGCUGGUGAAGAUAGCCACAGAAAGCUAAGGACACAAACCAUUGGACAACAAUGGAGCAGAUCCAUGUCUUCUUUAGAACUGAUUGCUGAGCACAAGUUACACAAAGAUGCUGUAACAGCAGUAUGCAUAUCAAAGGAUUCCAAAAGUGUUUUUUCAGUUUCAUUAGACAGCCUACUAAAGAUGUACUCUUUAGAGGAGAAAAGACAACUGCGUAGUAUCAACAUUUCUCAUAUGGCUCUUUCUUCAUGUUAUUUAAUGGAAGAUGGGAAAACAAUUGUUGUUGGUUCAUGGGAUAAUUACGUGUACAAAUACAACAUAGAGUAUGGAAAAGUUCUGGAAAACACCAUGGCACAUGACGAUGCAGUUACAGAUAUUUGUUGGAAUAAUGAUGUUUUGGUGACAGCAUCCUCAGACUCCUCAGCUAAAGUAUGGCACUAUGGUCCCCACCAGAGUCUCCGUAUGCAUUCCACAGCUGACUUAUUGGCAGAACUGGAUCAUGAGGCUGGGGUCAGCUGUGUUACUCUGGACAGUAGUAACACUCUUUUAGUGAGUGGCACAACUGAUGGACAUAUUAACAUAUGGAACUUGUCUUCUUUCAGUCUCAUCGAUAACUUUCCAAUACAUACAGCUCUGGUAACAGAUGUGGCCUUCAGUCCAGACAGUUCAACAGUAGCAUCCUGCAGUACAGACCAAACAUUGAAAGUAUUAGACAUCAAAACAGGAACUCAGCUUUUUAGUAAGGAUGCAGGAGAAGAACUGAGAUGUCUUUGCUGGGAUGGUUCUACUGUUUUUACAGGAGGAGAGAGAGGUAAUAUUAUGGUUUGGGACUUAACAAAAGCACAGCUUCUUAACACUAUUUCAGGACACAUAGGACCUGUGAUCUGUAUUGAUGUGUCUGAGGAUGGAAGUUUAGUAGUGACUGGCGGUGAAGAUAAGAAAAUUUCUGUAUGGAAGACCUCAUAAAUAGGAAUGUUGUUUGUACAUAAAAUAUGUAUGCUGUGUACAGAAAAUAUUUCUCAGUACAUAUUCAGUUCACAUCUGUAGUGCACAAGUUAUUUAUGCCUUGGGUGAAAUGUUAGCCAGAAUAUGUAUUGGAUAAAAUAAUUGUACUAGUAAAUUGUAAAAUAUUUAUAUUUA